CGAGCGGCGAGCCAGUCGGGUGCAGGGAGCUUUUGUUGGCGCCGGCGAAAGAAGGCAGGAAGGAGGCGAAAGCGAAGCUGGCCAUGAGCGGCGGCGUGUACGGAGGAGAUGAAGUCGGUGCUCUGGUGUUUGAUAUCGGCUCCUAUACUGUACGGGCUGGCUAUGCUGGGGAGGACUGUCCAAAGGUUGAUUUCCCCACUGCCAUUGGUGUGGUGCUGGACCGGGAUGAUGGCAGCUCCAUGAUGGAGAUUGAUGGCGACAAAAGCAAGCAAGGAGGGCCGACGUACUACAUAGACACAAAUGCAUUGCGAGUCCCGAGAGAGAACAUGGAGGCCACGUUGCCUUUGAAGAACGGGAUGAUUGAAGACUGGGAUAGCUUCCAAGCAAUUCUGGAUCACACCUACAAGAUGCACAUUAAAUCUGAAGCCGCUUUGCAUCCCGUCCUAAUGUCUGAAGCACCCUGGAACACAAGAGCCAAGCGUGAGAAACUGACGGAACUGAUGUUUGAACAUUACAAUAUCCCUGCUUUCUUCUUGUGCAAAACUGCGGUGCUUACAGCCUUUGCUAAUGGCAGAUCGACAGGCCUGAUCCUGGAUAGCGGAGCAACACACACCACGGCUAUCCCUGUGCAUGAUGGAUAUGUGCUCCAGCAAGGCAUCGUGAAAUCACCAUUGGCUGGAGACUUCAUUACGAUGCAGUGCAGGGAACUGUUUCAGGAAAUGAAUGUAGAGAUAAUCCCUCCGUAUAUGAUUGCCUCAAAGGAAGCCGUUCGUGAGGGGUCUCCAGCAAACUGGAAGAGAAAAGAGAAACUGCCUCCGGUCACGAGGUCUUGGCACAACUACAUGUGUAAUUGCGUAAUUCAGGACUUUCAAGCAUCUGUCCUCCAAGUGUCCGAUUCGACUUACGAUGAACAGGUGGCAGCUCAGAUGCCCACGGUACAUUACGAAUUCCCCAACGGCUACAACUGUGACUUUGGCGCAGAGCGGCUAAAAAUUCCCGAAGGCUUGUUUGACCCUUCCAACGUUAAGGGUUUGUCUGGCAACACAAUGCUGGGCGUGAGUCAUGUUGUCACCACGAGUGUCGGAAUGUGUGAUAUAGACAUCAGGCCGGGCCUCUACGGUAGUGUGAUCGUAGCUGGGGGCAAUACGCUAUUACAGAGCUUUACAGAUCGGCUGAACAGAGAACUCUCUCAAAAAACACCUCCAAGCAUGCGGCUGAAGUUGAUAGCCAACAACACGACGGUGGAGCGGCGGUUUAGUUCAUGGAUCGGCGGCUCUAUUUUGGCUUCCCUCGGUACCUUCCAGCAGAUGUGGAUCUCCAAGCAAGAGUACGAAGAAGGAGGAAAGCAGUGCGUGGAAAGGAAGUGUCCGUAAACCUCAUGCUAUGUAUACAACAAACCUGCUGCCUUCCCAGCGGUCCUAAUAUUUGAUAGCUUUAGUAUACUCAGGAAUUGAAAUCUGUUAUUUUGUAGGAAAAAACUGUAUACUUUUUCUGGGGCAUCGUUCUCCAGUUCCCAUUGUUAACCAUAGGCAUUCAUUUUUAAAGGCCAAACUGGUUCCCUCGCAGCAAGAGGGAGCCCGCGCCCUCUGUUAACGCAAUAACUCUUAUAAAAACCUUUUUUUAUAGUUUUUGUACAAAUAUCUAUUUUCUGCAGAAUCUCUUUUCUUGGAAACAAAGCUAUAAAACCAUGGAUCUAAUUUCUUGCUGAUGCUUUUCCAUGCAAUUUCUAAGAAACGUGUCUACUUUUGCAGACUAGUCUUCCUUGUUACGUUGGCCUUAAUAAAGCCCUCUAGUUUGUCUUAAA